AUGGGCUCGUACCGCUCUGACACCAAUUUCCACCUCGUCCUUGAUGCCUUGCUGCCACUGCACCCAAGGGUUCUUGCACCAGCCGCGGACGUUCUGCCGAAAGGAAGAUUUUGUGAGAGACUCCCGCGCUCCGUCCAGGCUCCACGCAACGUGCCACCCGAAGGCCUGCUGGCCCCGGGCACUGGGGACGAUUCAGGGGUGGCAGACAGCCAACGUGGUCAUCACAUUCCACGUCAUCUUGACUCUGGCAAGCCUGCUGUGCUGCAGUGUCCUUUGGGCGUCCUGGCUGACGAUCUCAUCCAAGUCCAUGUAGCGAAUACAUCUCCCGGACACGGUCGCUGUCCAUUCUCUUGGUUCAUGACGCAAAUGACGGUGCUGUGA